AUGUCGAACUUGGGUAGAAAUGCUAAGUUCAUUAGCUCCAAUAUUCUUGGUCGUAAGAGAGCUGUUGUUGAAAAUAUCAUUGACGAAAGAGAAGACGACGAUUACAUCGAACCUAUAAUGAAAGAACUGGAAACUGAGACUACAACUGACCGUGAACAGACGUUGCACGAUUGUAUGGAAUUAUUCAAUUCUAAAGACAAGAAAGAUGCUACUUUGAAUAGAGAUUUUCUUAAGAUGUAUCUUAAUUUGGCAUUUUCAUCCAAGUUGCCUCCACAAUUGACGCCAUUGGAUGCUUCCCAACCUUGGAUGCUAUACUGGAUAUCCAAUUCAUUGAAGGCGUUAAAUCCAGAGUGGUUAACAGAUGAUUUUAAGAGAUCUUUAGCGCAGAAACUGUUUAAAUUGGUAGAAUCAGAUAAUAGCUGUGGUGGUCCAUUUGGUGGUGGUGUUGGCCAAUUACCUCAUAUGGCUGGAAGUUUUGCAGCAAUUAAUUCCUUAGUUGUUUGUGAUAACAUUGAUGGUUGUUGGGAUAAGGUAGAUAGAAAGGCCAUCUAUAAAUGGUUGAUGGAACUGAAGCAACCAGAUGGUGGAUUCAAAACGUGUCUAGAAGUCGGUGAAACAGAUACUAGGGGUGUUUAUUGUGCAUUAGAAGUUGCUUCAUUAUUAAAUCUAAUGACUGUUGAAUUGACAGAGGGGGUCGUUGAAUAUCUGGUUAAAUGUCAGACCUAUGAAGGUGGAUUCGGUGGAUGCUCUCAUGAGGAUGAAGCACACGGUGGUUAUACUUUCUGUGCUGUCGCAAGUUUGGCAAUCCUUGACAAGCUAGAUGAAAUUAAUAUGGAGAAAUUGAUGGAAUGGUGUAGUAUGCGCCAAUAUAACGAGGAAAGAGGGUUAUGUGGUAGAAGUAACAAACUAGUUGAUGGAUGCUAUAGUUAUUGGGUUGGGGCAACAGCUGCUAUCUUGGAAGCUGCUGGAUAUGGGAACUGUAUUAAUAAAAAGUACUUGAGAGAGUAUAUCCUAUAUUGUUGUCAGUCAGAGAAGGAACCAGGACUAAGAGAUAAACCUGGAAAGCAUCCUGAUUUCUAUCACACAAUGUACAAUCUAUAUGGCUUGGCUAUCACAGAAAGUAAAUUCUACACACCAUCUGGAAACUUUGCGGAAAAUGUAACGUCUACUCCCGUCGACGCAUCCUUGUUGCCAUCAGCACCCUCUGGAAUCUGUCCUAUGAACCCUGUAUAUGGGCUUCCGACAAAGGAUGCCAAAGCCUUUUUCAAUCAUUUUAGGUAA